AUGGUCAAGAAUUCGUCGCAGACACUUUCAGGCAAGGUUGCGGUGGUGAGCGGCGCGUCUUCAGGCAUCGGAGCUGCUAUUGCACGAGAGUUGGCUUAUCGGGGGGCUGCAGUCAUUAUCAAUUACCCUUGGCCAGAAGAGAAGAAAGCGGCCGAGCAUGUUCUCUCAUCGUUGAGCGAUAGUACCGUCGCCAGGAUCAUUGAAGCUGAUCUCUCCACUGUUGACGGGCCCAGUUCGCUCAUCGGGGCCACAAUCAAGGAGUUCGGCAGACUCGACAUCCUUGUCAAUAACGCGGGCAUAUCCUACCCAACCCGAGUUGAUGAGCCGAGCACAGAACAGGUGUUGAAAGACUGGGAACGCAUAGUCACUCUCAACGGACGCGGGACUCUUCUUCUUACAAGAGCAGCACUUCCUGUUCUGUCCCGCCAGCACUCGCGCAUAAUCAACAUCUCUAGCGAGUCAACCCGAUCCCCAGAACCGUUCAUGACCAUUUACACCGGCACCAAGGGAAUGAUAGAGACCUUUACACGAUGCUGGGCCAAGGAACUGCCGCGGAAGUACGGAUGCACGGUUAACACGGUUGCGCCCGGUCCCAUUGCCACAGACAACCUGUUGUCGGCACCCAAGGAGUUCCUUGACUUGGUUCUAAAGCAGACAGAAAAGAAUCCGGUUGCAAGCCGCCUUGGGGCGCCUGAGGAGGUUGCUGCUGCGGUGGCUAUGCUGUGUGAGGAGCAGGCAGGUUGGAUCAACGGUGUCUACAUCCCAGUGGGAGGCGGAAUGGUGAUGACAUGA